UCCAAACCCAUUCGACGUAUCACGCCAUUUCGCACUCUCUGAUUUCCUAUGAAUAAACAGAGUCCAUACUAAAUAAAAGGUGAUAAACUUUUAACGUCGUAUUAAACAAGACCAUGAUAACAUAUACAUACCGGACAGAAAGCGUGGCAGAGGAAUCAGGUCGUCCAAAAACAUCACCGGAUUGAACGUAUAAGAGUUCACUUCUGGAAAGAUUAGUGCCCCCUUUCCCCCACCGGCCUUGCAUCAGCAGAGUGCAGAAGUCAGCAUGGGUGUGGUUGGUGAGUAUAUACGGGGUGUGCGUGAGGUGGAGGGUCACCUGCGCAGACAGGCGGGCAGGGUAACCCAAGAGGGCACCAGGGUGGAACACCAAAGGGAGCGACUGGAGAAACUACUCCACAGUCUCAGGAAAGCUUUACAGGUCAAUCAGCAAAGUGCAGAUGGGAGGAUGUUUCGGCCAGCUACAACAGAGACUAUACAAGACGGAGCAGACAGUCUUCUGCACCAUGAACGAAGAGGCUUGAAUGUGUUAAAACAGGAACUUGAGAGCAUGUUGAGAAAGACUUUGAUUCAACAACAGGCUUUGGCUGACAGCAGUAGGCGACUGUUAGACUGUGCUUUGGAGAGGUCCAGAGUAACAGAGCUUCUUCCCCAGCAUGGUUCACUCUCAGCGGGUGUAAACACCUACCCUUCUCCCCUCUCACUGCAACCUGACCCUGCUGGACCAUUCACUCCAGAGUGCAAACAAUCUUUGGAUUCAUCAGCAGCAGUACUACGUGAAUCUCAGCAGUUCAGAGAGUACGUUACACAAGUCAUGAGUGAUGUCAUCAGCAAGCAAAAAGCUCUGCACCAAUCUGCUAGUGAGGCCCUGCUCAAGAAAAUCACUGAAACUCUCACCCUGGAGCAACAUUUAACACUGAGCUCAGCUGCCAUGAGACAGGCCAUUUACCGCAAACAGAGACAGAUGCAGUGUGCUGCCUACAGUCUUGGUAGAGCAAUGGGUCCUGUUUCCAGUGCUGAACUUUUCUGUCGUGAAAAGUUGAACAGGCCCAUGACUCAGCUGUAUGGAAGGCAUUCAAAUGAUGGGCUGCCAGAAUCGGACCUCCUAACACAGGGAACUUUCAUGCUCCGGAAACAUUUGGAAUCUUCAGGGAAAGAGAUCGCAGAGCUGCAAGUUGCCCAUCAGCAGCUUGAGGAUGAUAUGUAUGGAAAGCGGGCCGCAGCCAGGGUGGACUCUGAUGUUGUCCGGCUGCGUCAAAGACUUGCACGUCCCCAAUCUAUCAGGCCUGCAACGAGUUAAAACUCUAUCCACAGCAAUUUAACAUAAAUAUGGUGCUCUGGUUUUCAAAGGUGGAAAUCUGGGGUCUUUCUACAAAGUUACGGUGUAGUGUUAAAAUUGAUGUUUUUUUGAAAACCUUGUUUAUUCAGGAUAUAUGCAUACAAAGUGUGUGACGUAUGAAUAAGUUUAAGAUUUACUGGACAACAAUAGUAAAAUACAACAUCCAUACGCACAGGUGCUGUCUAUAUGUAUCAUUUUCACUCUAGAUGCAGAGUAUACCUUCAUCUAAAAGUACAUUUAUGAAGACAAACACACUAUUUAAAUAACCUAAUAUUAUGACCCGUUUGACACAUGGCAAGAAAGAUUUAUGUUCUGGUACAAUUCUGAUACAAAUACAUCACCACCAAGGCAAAGUAGUGUCUCUGUAAAG